AUGAGUGCAUCAGAAUCCAAUACAAGAGCUUCUUUAUCAUCAAACGCAACCAUAAUACCAUCGAAUGCUAUACGACAACGGCGACGAGUGGUUCGAAAUUAUUCACUUCUCUGUUUAGAUGAAUGUAUGGAUGAAGCGAAUCAAGAAUAUGAAAAUAUUUUGGCACAAUUAAAAACCAAUACUGAUAAUAUCAAAGUCUUUAAGCAGCGAGACGAAUGUGUCGAUUUUCUUACAGAUACUGAAGAAGACAUCAUGUCUUUUCUUGUUCUUGAAAACACUAUGGCUCGACACAUAUUGCCGCUCAUGAAUGACAUCCCUCAAUUGCAUAGUGUUUAUAUCUUUAGUGACAUUAAAUCCCAACAUGAAGAAUGGACAACAACACGGCAAAAAGUCAGGAGUAUCUAUGUCAAUACCGAAGACUUAUGCCAAGCAUUAAAAACCGAUAUCAAGAAAUGCAAUCAAGAUUCGAUUGCCAUGAGUUUUAUCACGAUAAAUGAAAUGACUUCAACUGAUAAUUCAAAUCAAUUGGAACCAACAUUUAUGUAUACUCAAAUAUUUAAGGAAAUCAUUCUUGAUAUGGAACAUGAUAAACAGGCCAUCAAACAGUUUAUAGCAUACUGCCGACAACAUGACUGCGGAUCGGCAAAGACUAUUGAUCAAUUUGAAAACGAAUAUCAUACUCGAUCACCUAUUUGGUGGUAUACUUCUCCCUCAUUUAUUUAUUCUAUGCUGAAUUAUGCUCUCCGCUCUAUGGAAGGCGAUACUAUUAUUGACAUGGGCUUUUUCAUACAUGAUCUUCACCAACAAAUUCAACAACUACAUCAACAACAGGUUAAUAGUUAUCACGGCAAACCAUUCAUCGUUUAUCGAGGACAAGGCCUAUUCAAAGCAAAUUUCGAAAAACUGCAAAAAACGAACGGUGCUUUACUGUCCUUUAAUAACUUUUUAUCAACUAGUACGGAACAAAGCAUCUCCCUAGCAUUUGCUCAGAGCGCGUUAGACAAUGUGGACAUGAUAGGUAUUCUUUUCAAGAUGUUAAUUGAUCCUCGUGUUAAAUCAGUGCCAUUUGCUUCCAUCAAGCACACGAGUUAUUAUAACGAAGAAGAAGAAAUUCUCUUCUCCAUGCAUACCGUCUUCCGAGUGGGUGCAAUUAAACAGCUGGACAGCAACAAAGAACUUUAUGAAGUUGAACUUCAAUUAACGUCGGAUGAUGAUCAACAACUACGAGUACUUACUGAUCGGAUACGAGAAGAAGCUAAUGGUAUUGGAUGGGAGAGAUUAGGUAAAUUAUUGCUUACAAUUGGUCAAUUUGAUAAAGCCGAAGAACUUUAUCACGUAUUACUCGAACGGACAUCUGAUGAGGGUGAAAAGCAGCAUUAUUAUAAUCAGUUAGGAUCUGUCAAACAUGACCAAGGUGAUUAUGAAAAGGCUAUUUGGUAUCACCAACAAGGACUCGAAAUUAAACAAAAAACUCUUCCUUCAAAUCAUCCUAAACUGGCUACUUCGUACAACAAUAUCGGUUUAGUGUAUAACAACAUGGGAGAAUACUCGAAAGCACUUACAUUUUAUGAACAAGGACUUGAAAUUGUACAAAAAACUCUUCCUUCAAAUCAGCCUGACUUGGCUACUUUAUACAACAACAUCGGUACGGUGUAUACAAAGAUGGGAAAGUACUCGAAAGCACUUUCAUAUUUAGAAAAAGCACUUGAAAUCGAUCGAAACAGUCUUCCUUCUAAUCAUCCUUUAUUGGCUAAUUCAUACAGUAGCAUCGGUAGUGUAUAUAACAGCAUGAAAGAGUACUCGAAAGCACUUACAUUUCACGAAAAAACAUUUGAAAUUCUGCAAAAAGCUCUUCCUUCAAAUCAUCCUAAUUUGGCUGGUACAUACAAUAACAUCGGUUUGGUGUAUAACAACAUGGGAGAGUAUUCGAAAGCACAUUCAUCUCAUGAAAAAGCACUCGAAAUCUAUCAAAAAACUCUUCCUUUAAAUCAUCCUCAUUUGGCUACUUCAUACAGCAACAUCGGUUUAGUGUAUUAUGAUACGAAAGACUAUUCGAAAGCGCUUACAUUUUACGAAAAAGCAUUUGAAAUUCUGCAAAAAACUCUUCCUUCAAAUCAUCCUGAUUUGGCUACUAUAUACAACAACAUUGCUAAGGUAUAUUACAACGUAAAAGACUAUUCGAAAGCACUGUCAUAUUUAGAACGUGCUCUGAACAUCAGACAACGUGCAUUACCUCCAACUCAUCCUAAUAUUGCAGAUGUGAAAAACAGUAUUAAAAUUGUAAACAAGGAAUUAUAA